ACUCUGAAAACUACUUAGGGCUGUAAAGCACUAUGAAGUGGUUUAUAAGUCCAAGCGCUAUUGCUAUUUAGGGGCACUUAGAGCACUGUAUGGGUGCCUAGUUCUUUUUUCUCUUCCUCCUCAUCCUCCUCUCAUGAUUUUGGGGGACUUUUUACACCUUUUAUACUGUCGGGGCUUUGGGAAAUAGCAAUUUUUCUGUUGCAAAUAAUGGUACAGUUAUUUACUUAUGAUCGUUAGUCACUUUAGAGUCUCAUUGUACAAAAUGGCCUACAAUUAAUCAAUAUAAGCUAUUGUAACAGAAGAAAAGAGGGAUUCCAGCAUGCAAGAAAGCCCAUAAUGAUAUCCCCUUUUUACAUAAUGCAGGCCAUGUUGUCUUUCUUGCAGUAUUAUAAGACAAACCCCAAUGCUAGGUAAUUCUGCAAGACCUGAAUUUACAUACUGAUGCUAUAAGACACUUGAAGCAAGUCAACAGUUACAUAGUAUUUUAAAUGUUUCCAAACAUGUAUUAAAAAGUCUUUAUGUCCUACUUAUUCCUAAGAAGCAUUCACUUUUUGCAUUCAUUUUCUGGUUUUCUCUUUCCUGGCUUCUUUUAUAAAGGUAGCAGUCAAAUAAGUCAUUGAGAUUAUCACCUCAGCAAAAUGAUCACUUUGCUGCACAUGCAUUUCUUUGCUUGAGUGUAUAAACAAAAUUGACAAAAUGUUUAAUUUUAGAUGGUCCAACCAUCUUAAGGUAACUGCCAACUUUGGAAUAAGCUAGAAAAUUACAACAACUUUAAGUUAUGGUUUAAUAUUCUUAGAUUGCACCCAAAAUUGAUAACCAGUUUUUCAAUUCAGACAGAAUUAAUUGAACAACUGGUUUGCUCAGUUGUUUGAGCAGAGGUAAAUAUAAUAUCUGCAACCAGAAGCCUUGCUUUGACUUAGUAUACUGCAAUAAAUUGUCUGAAUUUCUUCAUUAUCUCAUAAUAGUUUUAACUGAUUAUUGGCUGAAAAAAACAGAAUGAAUUGUAUGUACUGGCUUCUGAGCCUAAUCAUGUUUUUUUCCUACUUUAAUGCAGUUCUAAAGUAUAACAUUUCAACACAAGAGUUUGAACUUGCUCCCAGCUUUGCAGUACGUGGCAUUAAAGAGAUCACUUUAAUGGUUGUAGUGCUCUAAAAAUUCUCCCAUUGUAUAAAGAUACUCCAGAAUAUUCAUAAUCAGCACUGUAGAACUGAGUUGGAAGCUAAGCAUUAACCUGCAGUUGCAGAUAAGGGAGAAAACAGAUAUUCUGUGCAACUUGUUGCAGUCCUUGCUGCAUACCAUGAAGUCAGCCAGUGUGAAGCUUGAUGGAACCAAGAGCAGAAAAAGCAAAAAACAGAGUCCUCUCAACCCAGCAACACCUUCUAGUGGCCCAGGCAAAAUGGCUACAGGAGCUACUUCUAAAAUCAAGAGUUUCUCCUUGCCAUCCAUUUCUUCCAUAGCCACUGUAGAAGCUGCCUCUAUUGGCUCUUCUCCUAAAGCUGGCCCCAGUUUUCUGGAUGCAGUUGUUCCCUUGAGUGUUAGCAGAGGCAUGGAUCAGGAAGAGAUUCAGAAGGAACGCUAUGGAGAGAGGACCCCCCUGCAAAUUCCUAACCAAAGUAGAAUGUCAGCUUCAGCUGCAGAAGCAGUAUCAAAAAUAGAGCCAAUCAAUCUCGAUGAAGGUGUAGAAGUAAUAGAUCUCACCGGUGACACUUCAGUGGUUGAUCUUACACAUAACUAUUCCAUUGUACUUGCGGAAGAGACUAGACAACAGCAAAACCAAAAAUUAAGAAGCCGCCCACUAUUUAACAGCUGUAUAGUAUGUAAUGAUAAUGACAAUGAAUGUAGUGAAAGUGAGGAGUUGGCUGCCAGUAAAUUGCCUAGAGAAUUAGAAAAGGAGAAAAUUGGAAGUCCAAAAUUUUCAGGCACUGUGAGUUGUCCAAUUUGCAUGGAUGGCUAUGCAGAAAUUAUCCACAGCGGACGACUUAUAAUGUCAACAAAAUGUGGCCACAUCUUUUGCAGUCAGUGCCUCCAAAAUUCUCUUAAAAGUACAAACUCUUGCCCUUCUUGUAGGAAAAAACUCAAUCACAAACGAUAUCAUCCAGUAUAUAUAUGAAUAUAUGGAUGAAUUUGGUAAUCUAACUUUCUCAUUUGGCUGCUUUGUGUUUUGUUUAUUUUAUGUAAACUUAAUUGUGUAAGGAGCAUUAUAGCUCAGUUUACUCGGGGACCAUGGACCCCCAUCUACUGAAACCUAUGUUUAAAAAAACCUGUACAAGUAGUGAAGAGAACUUAUUUUUUGUUUAAUUGUAAGCCAGUUAUAAAAAUAUUGAUGCAAUCAGGCAGAAGCUGAUGAAAAAUGUAGGGCACUGUUACAAGCAUCUUAUUAGAAUUAAAUUAAUAAAAUUGAAUGCAGUUCACUACUUUUUCAUGAAUUCUCCUGCUUGAAAUUACACAACUCUGUGAAAAAUAAAUGUUACUUGUGUUUAAGAGAGGAAAGUGCACUUUUUUGAUAUUUGUUUUCAAAACAGAUGUUGGCUUAGUAAUAAAGCUUUAAACAACCUUCAGAUAUUUGUUUUAUAAGCAUAUAAAUAUAAAUCCUUCUGUAUUUAUAGGCAAUUAAUUUUAAUUUAUGUAAAUAAAGUUUUUGAUGGUUUAUUAAAAAUUCAUUUAAUUGUCAUGUUUUAAUCAUUUUUCAGAUGUUAACUAUUUCCUUAGAAUUGCUUACUGGCUUUUUUCUUGAAUUGUAGCUGAAAAAUACAAAGUGGUCCUUGACAGAGAAGUAGAUGGUUUCUUAUCACUUAGGUUUAUUGUUAACUAAAUUCUUAAUUAGGGUUUCCUAAAACCAGUACCAAAAAGCAGGUUAUGGACAGACCGAUAACAUUUGUUCUGAACCUUCACAGACAACUGUGCCCUUAAAAAAGCAGAACAAAGGUUUCUGGUGACAGUAGGGAAGAUGAUGACAUUAAACCAGAUUACUUUUCAUGCUGCUGCAGAGGGUAGCGUAAGUGAUCUUUGGAAAAAGAUACUGCUGUGUUAAGGAGUUCCUGACAUGCUAUGUGAGCAUCUUGAUGUGAUACAGAACUCCUUUUUCUCUUUGACAGUAAAUAAAUAGCAUGAACUUGAAUGGAAGAUAUCUAACAAACUGGAUGAAAUGUUUUGGGCCCAGCAGGUGGCAGCACAUUUUGAACAUCCUUGAAAAAGCUACAGAUAGAUGUUAGUAUUUGGGAUAUCUGAUCACAGGGAGAUAAUUUGGGUGGUAAACUAGAUUAGGAAGCUGAAAGGUCAAUUUGGAAGAAAGCUGUGACAAAAUGCUUCUUUGCUAUUGCCACAAUGUGCCCAUCUGGUCCCCAGGGUUGAAUUGAAUGAAUGUCUUUAUGCCUGCCUUCUCUCCAGGAGGCAGAGAACAUGCUCGUGUUUGCAUGACACUCCUGGGGCUCUAUAAUGUCCCUGUCUAGCCCUAUAAAUAGCUUUAUAUUCCUCGCCUCCCAUCAUAAAGUCAAGGGAAGAAUAAUGUUCUCCUGCCUGUUAGCUUCUCUCUAUAUUCACCCUUGUCUUCUGGCUGCUAAAGCGCAAAGAUGUGAUUACAUCACUAUCUCAGGUAUUUGGUAGGAAACAAUUGUCUUAGCAUUAAUAGCAAUAUUAAUAGAAAUACAUUGAGAGUUAAGGUAGCCGUUUUGUUAUAUAAUUGCUAUUAAAAUCAGCUGUGCAAUUUGGACUCAUAUAAUACCAUAACUUCAUGCUCUUUAGGCAUGCAAAGUCAAUAUAUUAAAACACAAGCAUUCUAGUCUGUCCCCAACAUGUUGGUUUUCUUUUAUUUUAUAAUACUUGAGGCAUUCCUAUUUUACAUAAAUAUUCAUCUCAAUACACCAUCUCUAGUUUUCAUUCUGUGGUUUAUUUCUGGUGUGUGUGGCAUUUAACCUAGUAUUUUACUUCUUAAAAUCUUAUAAUUAUCCACAUGAGCCUUAAAAAUAAGAUUUGGUUCUCAUGUGCUCAAUAUUUUCUGAGGUAUUUUCAAUAUUUUUCAAAAGCCUACACAUUCUCACUGAUAUGAAUGAUAUGCUUGUAAAGCAUAGCAAUGAAGCACUGCAAACGUACUUUUUUAUUCAGCCAGUACAAAAAUUACUUUUGGUAUACUAUCUUUUCAAGAAGAGUAUCUUAGAUACAUAGCAGGAUUUCAUAUGCUAGAUUUAUUUCUGUUUCUGUGUUCAUUGGGAUCUUUGGUCUCCAGAGUGCACUACUGAUACAUAUGUGAAGAUAUGGUGUGGACAAUUCUGGAGGCUCCUGGGGUGGCAGAAGUGACACUACUGUUAUAUGAGCUGCACUGAUUGCCAGUUUGCUUCCAGAUCCAAUUCAAGGUGUUGGUCAUUACCUUUAAAACGCUUUAUGGCAGGGUUCCAGAGUAUCUGAGGAACUGCCUCACUGUGUUGAGAUUAACCUGCCUCAUUUGUUCCAUUACAAAGAGCUACUUCUGAUCCUGUCAGCCAAAGAAUUUCGGCUG